GUGCUGUAUAAACAUUUAUUGAAUUCUACUGUAUUUUAUACAUCAUUUGUCAAGUAGGGGAUUAUAAUUGUUAUUAUUAAUCAAUAUUUCAUUCUUUUUUAUUCGUUCGAAAAGGCUUAUAAGAAACGAAAACAAUCCAAUUCCGCACAGUGACGUAAAAUAAUCUCUGUGAUGUCAUUUUUACUAAAUAAUGACUUCAUAUGCUAUCCAUGACGUCAUUAAAAAAAUCCAACUUCUGCGUUAUUUAAAGUAUUUCAACUAAAAUGUUAUUGUGUUCAAUGAGAAAUAGCAUGGAUGCUCUAUUUCCCAUUUUGAUUUUUCGGUUCUUUUUUAUCUGCGUGGAUUCCGAUCUUCACCGCUGGAGGGCAGCAGUGAGUUAAUUUCUAUAACGAGAAUACACAACAUAUUAAAUGCUGCCAAGUUCCAACAAAUUGAGUCCAAAAUACCGAUGAAUAAGUCUAACGUAUUGUAACUAUAGCUGGAGGACUUAUAUGACGCAAUUAAUAAGGAACUCGCAGACAACCAUUAGUGCCAAACAAACAGCUGCAAAACAAGACACAUAUUUAAAGCAAGUCACAUCUCAUCCUACUUACUGAGUUUUUGCUCAACAUUAUUUGCGUGAUUAAUACAAACCUCGGUGAAUACAAACUCCUUGCUUUUGUUUCUUUUAUAGCCCUUCGUACAGCGAAGCCGUUGCCAUGGUGAUAAGACUAACCAACGUCAUCAAGCUGCGUGGCUCACGUUAAUCCUGCGCUCGACAAUAACAUUGCGUACAGGUCUUCAAUGUGCGAAGGGCCAUCAUCAAUAUGUGGACCAAUCCCACCAGACCCAUCGCUAUUUCCCCAGUACUACCAAAGACCUGCUUCAGCACUGGGGCGCUUAGAGGGAAACAAACAUGGUACAUCGACCCUGUUGCCGGGGCCUCUUGCUCCAGAUCCUGUUCUGCACCCUGACUACUACAACAACUGCGCUUCUGCACGACGUCCACGCAUCAACGCCAACGCUUCCCACAUUUGGGAGCGAGGGCAAAGAGGCGUCAUAAGGGAACUCCUGAAAGUCGAAUGUUUUCCUACCACGGAGAUAAGCAAACCAAAAAUGCGGGAGUUAAACUUUCACAAAGACAACGUGCGGCGACUUCGGGAAAUCCAGAAACGUUGCAAAGUGGAAGCUGAGAGGGCUCGUUCCGUUCCGGUCAAAGCUCUGUGGACUUCAACUAAAUACCGCAAUGUCCAAUCCAAAUUCAUGGUUGAUUUACAGGUUACCAGUCCAGCUGUGAAACCAGAGUGUCAAAACUUUCUAAAGGGUCACUCCAAAAAUAAAGUACCACCAAGACCACAGUCCACCCCUGCUGCUGGGACCUUGCAUCACUCUCACACUGCUAAACAGGACAAGAAUUUGCAAGUGAAAGGCCAGAUCAUCGAUUUCAUCAAGUACAACGCACGGGCUGCAAGACAGACGAUGCAAAGGUCCCAAUCGCUGACAAACCUCCAGGACAAAACGGUGCCCAGCGCUAUCAAGGGCCAGGUGCCUCACUACAUAGAGGAGAGGAAGAAGCAGUGUCUUAAAGAGGAGGAGGAGGAGAGGAGGAAGAAACUUAUUCCACCUGUUCCUGUUGGUCACACCUUAAUGGCUGACAGCGAAAGGCAGCAAACUCUGAAGACACUGCAAGAGCGCCAUCACACCCUGGUGACGGAGCUGCUGUUGCUUCCUCUCAAAGCAGACAAUCUGAGCGUUCGCUCGCGCCGCGCUCGUCUCGAUAAUAGACUUUCAGAGUUGGAGGAAGCCAUCAAAAUCUUUUCCAGAGAUAAAGUUUACGUCAAAACAAAUUCCUAACGCCUAAAGAGAACAUCCGCUUGUUGAUUUUGACUUGACUGUUAAAUUAUGCCACAUUACACUGGAUCCUGUAAGCUAUAGUAUAAUGAUAGGGUUUGAAAAGUGUAUCCUUUUUUUUAAUCCUAAAAUGUGGCAAAUUAUGUCCGUCACAGAAGGACAAAAAUAUCCAUAUUGGUACUGGAUCUUAUGAUCUUGUUGAGAGUAAUGCAAUCUCAUAUAUUUAAAGAAUGACUACUGCAAACAUUUGUGGUAAAUAUUGUAUAGCCAUUAGGUUAAUCUAAGACUAAUUAAAUUCUAACAAUACUGUUGCUAAACUUCUUUCAUUUUCAUUUGUCUUACGUGAAUAUUUAUUUGAUAAAGAGCUAGUUAUAGUAUUGUGGACUCGUAUGGUGGCUGAGCUCUUCAGAUCAUGAAAGGUUACAAAUUGGAAAAAAAAACAGUUUAAUUUCAAUUUGAAAUUUUUUUCUUUAUUUUCUACGAAGAUUUUUAUCAGCAAUAAACUGUUGUUCACUUUGUAUC